AUAGCCCCUGCUGCUGACAUGGCAUUAAAUAAUAAAUAAAUAAAUCACAACAUGUUAUAUGUAAGAUAAUAUGUGUAUUAUAAUGAACUUAUAAUCUGCUAUAAUAUGGCGGUCGUUCUGGACCAGGAACACAACUAGCUAUCAUGAAAUGAACACAACAGGAGGGUAAAUGCUACAGGCUACAAUGGCAGUUAGUGUAACGUGUUAUGUAGUGUUUCAGGCAACGACAUGGCUUCAGCUAAGUCUCACAAAGGCAUGAGUAAUGCUGAAUGGCUUGCGCGUCUGGAGAGUUUUGCCCAAACAGGAGUUUGGCCAUCUACACAGGGGAAUAGACCUUCUCCCCGACAAAAACGAUGGCAUGAGAUGUAUCAGAAGAUAGAAAAGUGCCCUCUGCAAAUGAGGGGACAGACCACUCUUCUGAAGGAAGCUCAGACAUGUAUUUGUGGCUUUCACAAGGUUCAUCCACCAGUCACAGGGGAAGCAUCACAGAGCACCCCGGCCCAAAGCACACCCUCUGUCAGCGAUGUGUCAUGUCCUGCAAAGAGACCUAAACUGACAUUGUCAAUGUUUGAAAAGUCAAGGUUUGGAGGCUCACAUGUGGCAGCAGCAAAACCUAAUUUGAGCACCCAGAGGAAAACCUCUCAGAUGUUAGAGCACUCCAGUUCAGCUACAGUUUCAUGUCCACCCUCUGAUCCUCAUCCUCCUCCAUCCCCCAAACCUCAUCAGCCCGUCAUCCAGUCCUCCUCUUCCUUCUUCCUUCCUCCACCUCAGAGUUCACAACGCAUCAAAAAAACAGCAACGCCAUCAACUGUUUCUGAGAAUACUGUUGUGAGGAGCCCACAGGUCUCAUCUCAGCCAGAAGAUCUCCCCCUUCUGUGGCCACAGACAAUGCCACAGCAAGACCAGAAGUGGGUGUCAGAAGCACUUUUUAGGGUUGGUGCAAAGGGAAAGCUGGAGCUGCGUGAAAACCUACAGUUGUGGUAUCACCCCCCACCACCAGCCCUGUUGUACCACCAAGCUCCAACACCUGAUAGGUUUUUUUCACAGCGUCUCUUGCUCUGGAUGCCAUAUAAGCUGUGGAAGGUGCAGCUCCAGUGUACUAACCCUGCCUGUGCCAGGCAACAGCUGUGUGGUGGUGGACUGCACAGGAGGGUACGACAGGUGUUAGACAUUGACAGAUACUACAACCUGGUGACAGAGACCCUGAUCUGCACCAGGUGUAGAACCAGCUAUCUGUCCUGGAGUCAAGCUGUGCUGCAGCAGUUGGACCUGGCCCAUCGAUCUGAAUUCAGGGUCAUCCUCACACGCAAGUAUGCCUGUGACAUUCGGGUUCUUCGCUUGCUGCGUGAGAGGGGCAUGGGGAAUGGCCCAGUGAGGAUCAUCGGCCAGCUGAGAGAGAACCACAGUGAGGAGUGGUUGAAACGUGCGCUUCGGUACACAUCAGAGUGUGUGGCCUUUUUUGAUAAUCGUGGCCUGCAUCCGCUGCACUUCCAGGAGCCACCACCACUUGCUUCAGUACCCAGCUACAAAUGGCUCCUCACUGUAUAUAGUCAGGACAUUCUCAACAGGCUCGAUCACAUAAAGGCCAGCAUAACAUCCACGUAUGGAUCAAUCUUAAAAAUGGAUUCAACUAAAAAGGUCAGAUAAGCUG